AUGCUAAAAAAUGGGGUAAAAGUGGCAUUUAAAUCUUCUUUUGAAACUUCAACCUCACUUGUACAUAUGUUUGCAGAGGGACCCCUUUUGGAUGGACUCUACUGGGACACGUGGUAUAACAACACGACGUUAACCUUCCAGAACAACAACAGCCAUAUUUACUACGAGAAUUUGCUGUUAGGAGUAGCCCAGAUUCGCCAGCUGAAAGUACGCAACAACACUUGCUCCAUCUACCCCUAUUUCCAUACUUUGUUAGAAGACUGUUACAGUGAAUAUCGAUACCGAGCUGAAGACAGGUCUAACUUUGGUCUGUGGAACAAAUCUGAAUGGAAAUACACCUCGGCCUCCUCGUUAGCCCCGUGGUACUGGGGAUCUAUGGGCUUGUACAGCAGUGGGGGAUACAUGUUCACUUUACCUAAAUCAAAGCAGGAGAGCGUGGAGAAGUUGGUGUUUCUCAGGAACAACAGCUGGCUCACUAGAGGAACCAGGGUUGUAUUUAUCGACUUCUCAACAUAUAAUGCGAACCUAAACCUCUUCUGUACAGUCAGGUUGGUGGUAGAGUUCCCUGCCACUGGGGGUGCUUUCACCUCCUCACAUAUCUACUCUGUGAAGCUCCUCAGAUACGUCACGUAUUACGAUUACUUCCUGGCUUCUUGUGAAAUUGCCUUUUGCAUCUUUAUAAUUAUAUUCAUAAUCCAGGAAGUUAUAAAAAUAGUAAAACUGAAAAAAGAAUAUUUCAGAAGUGCCUGGAACUGGCUGGAUUUGCUGCUGCUGGUGGUAUCCAUCCUUGCCAUUGCCUUCAACAUCUACCGCACUGUAAAAGUGUCCCAGCUGAUGGAAGAGCUGCUGUCUGAUGCCCAUGCAUAUCCAGACUUCUAUUUCCUUGCCUUCUGGCAAGUCCUUUACAACAACAUGAUUGCUGUCAACAUCUUCUUUGCUUGGAUAAAGAUAUUUAAAUAUGUGAGCUUCAGCAAAACCAUGACGGAGCUGUCCUCCACUUUAUCUCGCUGUGCCAAAGACAUCAUUGGAUUUGCCAUCAUGUUCUUCAUCAUUUUCUUUGCCUAUGCCCAGUUAGGUUAUCUGGUCUUCGGGUCACAAGUUGAAGACUUUUCCUCUUUCCAAAACUGCAUCUUUACGCAGUUUCGUAUCGUGCUGGGAGAUUUCAAUUUUGAAACCAUAGAAGCAGCAAACAGAAUCCUUGGACCUAUUUACUUCAUCACAUUUGUAUUCUUUGUGUUCUUCAUAUUGCUGAACAUGUUCUUGGCUAUUAUAAAUGACACCUAUUCAGAAGUCAAAGCAGACUUUGAAGUGAUACCCAGUCAAGAACUGCAGCUCCGAGACCUCUUUAGAGAGAGUUGCAAUAAGGCUCUUGUCAAGCUCAAGUUGAAGAAACCAGAGAUGGACGCAAAUCUAGCAGAUGAGAGCACGGAAAGCAAGGAACUUGCAGACACUAAAAGAAAGGAUAUUUCUAAGCCUUCCAAUGGAGACAGUGCCAGUGAAAAGUUAUCAAAGCUUCAGCAAGAGAAAGAGGAACUUCAUCCAUCUACUGAGGACACAGACUUAGUCACAGCCCAGAGCUAUGUCUCCACUGCAGAAUUUCAGCAGCUCUUCAGGUACACGGCUGAGCUGGCAAAGGAAUUAAACAACACUAAUGCCAAACUCAGGAAAGUUAUUAAAAGCGUGCAACAGCUGAAGGAUGCUUCACAGAAGACAGCAGAGUAA